AAUGCGAGAGUGUGACCACUAGGAGGCGGUGGCGCUCUGAACGGCCAUCUUUCCCUCUGAAUCUGUCAACGAAGUAAAACUGCAUGAGGAAGUGUUGAGGAAAUUUAUUUCACGUAUCUGUUGCUACCUUUUGACAGAUUUUGGCUGACUAGUGAGUGGGUGCGAUGGAAAGUGCAGAUCCAGGCCCAGCAGAUGGAGAGGAGCGAAUGGCAGAACUACGACUGAGGACGCGCUCCAAUCCGGAGGGAGCGGAGGACAGACGCAGCAGUAACGGUGGUCUGAACAGUCCUCCACCCUCACAACCUACUGUGGGAAGUCGAGUGGAGGGAGAAGGAGAAGCGGCCAGCACUGACAGUCCUCCUGGUUCCACAUCCACCAUCACGACUACUAUUUCUGCCCCUGUCGCUGCUGCAGCCACUACCACAGCAAGCGUCAUGUCCAAUUCAGUGCCUGCUUCAAUGGCGGCUGCCAAAGAAAGGCCCAAACCAAGCCAGCCCUCACUGGCAUCACAGAUUCCUCCAACUUCAGAACUCCAGCUGCGAGCACCAAGAGUCAACUGCCCUGAAAAAGUGAUCAUCUGUUUGGAUUUGUCAGAGGAGAUGUCCCUGCAGAAGCUGGAGUCCUUCAAUGGAUCCAAGACGAACGCCCUCAAUAUCUCCCAGAAGAUGAUCGAAAUGUUUGUGAGAACAAAGCACAAAAUAGACAAGAGGCAUGAGUUCGCCUUGGUGGUGGUCAAUGAUGAUGCCUUGUGGUUAUCAGGCUUCACCUCUGACCCACGGGAGCUGUGUAGCUGUUUGUAUGAUCUCGAAACAAAUGUCUGCGAAUCUUUCAACCUGGAGGAUCUUCUCAACAUAAUUCUCCAGAAGAUUGAGCUUCCACUGAUGGACAAUGUUCAGACGAUCCCACCACCCUUCGUGGUUCGUACUCUCCUCAUUUACAGUCGGCACGCAGGCCAGCUGCAGUUUAACCCAUCAGAUGCUGUCAGUAAAAUGCUACGCUCUCCAUAUUUCUUCUUUGAUGUGAUUUACCUUCAUAAUGGCGCUGAUGAGCAAAUGGAUGAAAACAGCUGGAGGGACACGUAUGAAUCAUUUUCGAAUUUGGACUCUAAGGGGAUGUGCUACCGUUUUGAAGUGUCACUGUGUGGCCCGGCCAUCGAGCUGCAUAACUGCAUGGCUAAGCUGCUGUGUCACCCGCUGCAGAGGCCCUUCCAGAGUCAUGCCUCCUACAGCCUGCUAGAGGGCGACGAGCCGCCAGAGAUCGAGGCCACGGUGUAGAGCGGUGCUCACUAACCCUGCUCCUGAAAAUCACACUGUAGAGCUCAUUUUCAAUACUGAUGUAACACUGCUUCAUCUGGAUAAUCAGUGUUCAUGAUGUGCUAGAUCAGCUGUGUUGGAUUUGGGUUGGAGCUUCUUGGGUUCUGUAAGAAGGUGCAGUAGAUCUCCAUGAACAGGAUUAAUGAAGGACUAGCUGAGAAAGCAUCUUCCCCUAAGAUUGUCUCCUAAUGAUGGACACUUUCUAUGCUGGGGGGAAGAACAAGAGAGCAAAAUGUCUUCACUUGUGGACUGCUGUGGAUUUUCUUUAGCUUUGAGACGUUCAAGGGGAGGGGGAUUGCCUUUUUUCACUGGUUCCACUCAGCAUUUUCUUGUGUCUGCUCUCUUUUUUUUUAUGUCUUUCGUCUUGUAUAUUUUAAUUGUUCAUGCAGUUAAUGUAGCCACAAUAUUUUUUUAAAAUUCUUUUCUUUUUACAUUAAACGUAAACACAUAAGCCCUUCAGGCUAGAUUGGUGAAUGUGCAAAUCUGAAUUAUAAGACCUGUUUUCAUUUUUAAAUGUCAUGUUUGAAAGCGAAAUGAACUUUGUGAUCGCUAGAUUGUGUAAAGACGAUUGUUGUUCUGUUGAGUAAGGAUGCGGUUAAAUAAAUGAUAAAAGGAAAGAA